AGAGAAUAGAAACUGUGAAAGAGAUUUACGAGUUUACGCUUCGAUACGGAUACGGUCCCAUCCCUGUCUUUCCCUUUUCUGAUUUUCUCUCUCUAAAAACCUUUCUCUCUCUCUCUCUCUCUCUCUCUCUCACUAAAAACCUCUCUCUCGUUCGUUCCUUCCUUGGCUUCAAUCUCACUUCCAUUUUGGAUCCGCGUCUCUCUUCACAAUCUCUCCGAUUCGUACAAUGUUACAUCAAUCCACAAUCCCUAACUCGUUCUCAACUCACUCACUUUCAUUAUUUCUCCGAUGAUCAUGGAACUCACCGAUUCCACCGCUGGUAACAUCCCUCCGCCGCCGCCGCCGCCACCACCACCACACCACAACCACCAAGACACUCGCUCUAUUCUCUGCAUCGACCUCAACGAGAUCCCUUCACCUUCUUCUUCAUUCCCCGAAACCCUACCUGACUUCACAAUCGACAUCGUCCGUACUUACCACGAGAAUCCCGCUCCUCCUCCCGGUGGUCCUGCACCUCUUCCCGGUGGUCCAACUCCCUGCGCCGCUUGUUCCAAGUCUGGCGGCGGUGGAGGUAGCGUUUUAGUUUGUGACGGUUGUGAGAGAAGCUUUCACUUGGCUUGCGCCGGGAUUCGCGGCGGAGGUGGUCGUCAGAGUGCGGCGAGUUUAAGAGAGUGGGUGUGUAGUGAGUGUUUGGCUGGAGGUGUGAAGAGUAAACGCUGGCCGUUGGGUGUGAAGUCUAAGCAGCUUCUUGAUAUCAACUCUUCGCCGCCCAGUGAUGCUGAUGGUGAGGAGUUGCAUGAUGCGAGAAAGCACACUCUGGGUGAUAAAUCUUUUGGUGCUCCAGUGGCAUAUUCAAACUUCUACAACGGCGGUGUGUUUGGUUUCCAAAGGGCAUCUGGAGUUGUGACACAAGCUGUUAGAGUGGGUUUUGAGGAUAUAUUGAAUCACACCAAAUCAAUGAGUAGACGCUUUGAGGAAGCAUAUAUGGAUUUGCCUCCUGGAAUUCAUAGUAGUAGUAAUAAUACAGCUAUUAAUGUACCAUCUCAGAGUCCAAAUGAAACGAAGGUUUUGCAGGCUCUUAGAGAUUUUAUAUCUGAAAAGCAUGGUGUACUGGAGGAAGGUUGGCGAGUGGAAUUUAGAAAAUCAAUGAUCACCUCUGACCCAUAUGCAGUUUAUUGUGCACCCGAUGGAAAGAUAUUUGAUUCUGUGUAUGAAGUAGCUAAUUUUCUGGGGCUACCGUCUGGCUUCAAUUCUAUGGAAUCCGAAGUAAGAAAUGAAAUGUCUUUUUCUUUGGGUGGGCCUCACCUAUCCAGAAAAAGAAAAUCUUCUAAAACUCUGGCAGCCAAUGGUUUUGUGGAAAAGCAGGGAACCUUGAUCAAUAGUAAUUAUAAGGAUUAUUCUUCUGAUGGUUUAAAUAUGGAAUGUGCCAAUGCUCAGGGUACUGUCCCAAAAGCCACUGAGAUUAGAAGAAAAGAGAAUGGUCACUCCGACCUUCAUCAAUCCACUGAUGAACUUCCUCUGCAGUUUAAGGACUUCUAUGUUCUUUCUUUGGGAAAAGUUGAUGGAAGACCAUCAUAUUAUGAUGUUAAUGUUAUCUUUCCUGUUGGUUAUAAAUCUUGUUGGCAUGACAAGAUUACCGGCUCUCUAUUUACGUGUGAAGUUUUGGAUGGCGGCGAUCCUGGUCCUAUAUUCAGGAUUAAAAGGUGUUCAUGUUCAGAAUUUCCUAUUCCAGUUGGGUCAACCAUCCUUUCAAUGCAAAGUCAUUGUCAUUUUGUGAGCGAAACCAAUGAAGGUCAGAGAGAGACUAAUGACAGUAUGGAUUUAGAUGGUGAUGAGAGUAUCCAGAUGAUCCUUUUAGAGUCUCGCGCACCAACGGAAAAUGACAUCUUAAGUUGUUUUGCCAGUUGCUCUAAUGAAUCAUGUGCAUCAGAAGGAUUAAGGCCAGUUGCUGGUUUAGUUCAUGAUAAUACUGGAAAUUCAUUUGCUAAUAACAUGGAGUUUAGUGAUGAUAUAAUUAUUUCUCAAAAGUUACUCAAUGCUUGCAAGGAUAUCUGCGAGAAGAAAGGAACUCUUAAAUUAUAUUGUAAACAUGUUGAAAGUGAAACAGGCUUACAUAAAUGGGAUUUAAGGAAUGAAACUAGUGAUACCCACUUCACUUUGUUGGAUAAAUUUUGUGGUUCACCUGGUUCUGUCAGCAUUCCAGAUGCAAUUUAUGCAGACAAUGAUCUGAAAGGUCUAUAUGAGCGAUUAGAGAAAUGGUUGGAGCAGGAUAGAUUUGGAUUUGAUGUUGAAUUUGUGCAAGAAAUAUUGGAACAGCUUCCUGGUGUCCAAGAUUCUUUGCAAUAUGAACUUCUGAGCAGUAGAAAUAAUAGCUCUUCAUUACCAACAGUGGAAAAUGGUUUCCUAAAGGUUGAAUGUAAAGGUCAAUCAAAAUAUCAGGAUGAAGAAGAAGCAGUUCAAGGUUUAUAUAGAAGGCCUAAGAAGGCAAGAUUGACUGAAAGAUACGUUAAGGAACACCGAUGUCCACCUCCUGGGAAAUCACUGUGCUCCAGGGCUCCUACUGAACUCAUUGGUGACAUUUUUCAGGUUUGGGAGCUUUUACAACGGUUUCAUGAAAUUUUAGACCUGAGAGAACCAUUGUUAUUAGAGGAGCUUGAGAAGGAACUUAUCAACCCAUGGUUUGAUGAAUUGGAUUUCCCUGAGAAAUCUGAGAGAGGAAUGGGAGGAAGUCAACUUUUAAGUUCAAAAGGGGGUGUUGGCGAUUGCCGUCUAAUAUGUGAAGCUGGUCCAUCAAGUUCCGCAGAAAGUUCUUUUAUUCAAGUGGAAACAGAAGCAAUGAAGGAGGAAGCCCAAGUUAAGCUCGCAUCUUUCACCUAUGUCAGAUGCUUUGGUGUAGCUUUGACCAAGGCCCAUAAUUCAUUACUAAGAGUGCUAAUAGGUGAACUGCAAUCAAAGGUAGCUGCUCUGGUGGAUCCAAAUUCUGAAGAGACUCGGACAAGACGGGGAAGAAGGAAAGAUAUAGAUAGUGCAGUUCCUGCUAAACGAACCAAGGUCAAUAUGCUGCCUAUCAAUGAAUUGACUUGGCCAGAACUAGCUCGUAGAUAUAUCUUGGCUUUCUUAUCAAUGGAUGGUAACCUUGAGUCUGCAGAAAUUACUGCCCGUGAAAGUGGUAAAGUAUUUCGUUGCUUACGAGGUGAUGGUGGUUUGCUGUGUGGUUCCCUUACUGGUGUGGCUGGGAUGCAAGCUGAUGCGCUGUUGCUUGCGGAGGCUUCGAAGAAGAUUUUUGGUUCAUUGAGCAGAGAAAAUGAUGCACUCAUCAUAGAAGAAGAGGAGUCUGAUGCAAAGGGAACUUCUGAAAUUAAAUUGACGAAUGAUGGUAAUAUUCCUGAAUGGGCACAGGUCCUGGAACCUGUCAGAAAAUUACCAACGAAUGUGGGAACCAGAAUCAGAAAGUGUGUUAAUGAUGCUCUAGUUAAGAAUCCGCCAGAUUGGGCGAGGAAAAGACUGGAGCACUCAAUUAGUAAACAAGUGUACAAGGGCAAUGCCUCUGGACCAACAAAGAAAGCAGUUCUUUCAGUGUUGAAGGAUGUAGUUGAAGGAAUGCACCAGAAUCCCAACAAGGGAAGGAAAAAGAAGAUUGUUAUAUCUAUUUCUGACAUUAUCAUGAAAAAAUGCCGCACUGUAUUACGUCGUGCAGCUGCUGCAGAUGAUUCAAAAGUUUUUUGCAAUUUGCUGGGAAGAAAAUUAAUAAAUUCUUCUGAUAAUGAUGAUGAGGGGCUUCUUGGAUCUCCAGCUAUGGUGGCCCGCCCUCUUGACUUCCGGACGAUUGACCUAAGAUUGGCUUCUGGAGCUUAUGAUGGAUCUCACGAAGCUUUUCUUGAGGAUGUGCGUGAGCUGUGGAGCACUGUUCGUGUUGCUUUUGGUGAUUAUCCUGAUUUAGUUGAACUGGCGGAAAAAUUAUCCCAGAAUUUUGAAUUUUUGUAUAAAGAGGAGGUUGUCGCCUAUAUCCAAAAGUUUACGGAGUAUGCUAAAGUGGAAUGCUUAAGUGAAGAAAUGAGAAAAGAAGUUGAUGAUUUUAUUGCAUCAACAAUUGAGAUUCCGAAGGCCCCUUGGGAUGAGGGAGUCUGUAAAGUAUGUGGCAUUGAUAGGGAUGAUGACAGUGUUCUACUAUGUGAUAAAUGUGAUGGUGAGUAUCAUACAUAUUGUCUGAAUCCUCCACUUGCAAGGAUCCCUAAAGGAAACUGGUACUGUCCAGCUUGUAUUGACGGUAAUCAUGCAACUCAAAAUGUCACAGAACUUGCACAGAUUGCUGGAAAACGUAGAAGUAAAAAGUUCCAGGGAGAAGUUAAUUGUCUUUACUUGGAAGCACUAACUCAUUUAUCGGCUGUAAUUGAAGAAAAGGAAUAUUGGGAGUACAAUGUGGGAGAGAGAACACUCCUUCUCAAGUUUUUAUGCGAUGAGUUGCUCAACUCUUCCCUGAUACGACAGCAUCUUGAGCAAUGUUCAGAGUUGUCUGUUGAGUUACAUCAGAAAUUGCGUGCACUUUCUGUAGAGUGGAAAAACCUGAAAAUUAAGGAAGAUGUUUUAUCCACAAAAGCUGCAAAAUUUGAUGCAUUGUCGCAAAGUGCCACCGGGGAAAUUGGUCUUAAGGAAGGGUUCCCAUCGUUGUUCUCAAAUACUAGUAAAUGUUUGGUUAAGCCACAUACUGCAACCACCAAUGCUAGUGGUGUUGGGGCGCUUGUUGAUAGUCUAACUUCAGAAGAGAUUCCCAAAGAGAAGUGUAGGUUCAAUAGUGUUGAUAAAAGCAUAUCUGUGACACAUUCUGAUUCUGAUAGCCAAAAUUUGAAUUCCAUAGAAGGACAACAUAGGAGUGUUCCUGUGGCAGUGGAGUCUCAAUGUACCGAUAAAUCUCCUAAGUCUUUUCCAUCCCCAAAUCACAUGCCUCAAGAAAUAAAUGGUUACAGCGGAGCAACUCAUAUACAGGGUAGCCACCAGCAAUGGGAGGUAAGGGAUGCAUCUACUUCUGCAACAUACCAGCAAGGAAAAUGUGUGCCUGUUGAAGUUUCCCAAAUUGCUGUGAACGAGUCGGAACCAUACCACCUUGAGCUCAAUUCCAUCAAGCGUAAUAUUUCACUACUGCAGGACUCUAUGACUAGCAUAGGAGCACAGCUGCUGAAGCUCUCUGUUCGUCGAGAAUUUUUGGGUAUUGAUUCCACUGGUCGACUGUACUGGGCUUUGGCUACACCCAGGGGACAUUCACGUAUAAUUGUCGAUGCAAGUGCUGUUCUGCAGCAUGGAAGAGGAUUGUCAGUUGGCAAAGAUUCUUCAGAGAAGUUUUCUGCCCUCCAGCAUUGUGCAUUAUCUGAGAAGAAUAACUAUAAGAUGUUGGGGUUGAUCAAGGACUGCUCUCCUUUGAUGUCCCAACCAUUUAAUGCUUUAGGCAAUAGUUCACCGUGGAUUGCUUAUGAAACUGAUUCAGAAAUUGAAGAGCUAUUGGGUUGGUUAAAAGAUAAUGACCCUAAAGAAAAAGAACUGAGAGAUUCCAUUAUGCUGAGGUCAAAAUAUAGACUUCAAGAGUCUAUUAAUGCACACACUGAAGGUCAGGUUGAGGACCAAGGAUCUGUUUAUUUGCCAAGAAAUGCAGUAUCUAAUUCUCUUGUCACAAAGGCCACUUCCUUGCUGGAAAUGAAAUUUGGUCCCUUCUUUGAGUUGGAUACUGCUGAGGUGUUGAAGAAGCAAAGUAAAAAGGCUAGAACAACUAAUGAUGAAAAGUUGUAUAGGUGUGAGUGCCUAGAGCCCAUAUGGCCUUCUAGUAAACAUUGCUUGUAUUGCCACAAAACCUUUUUGAGUGAUGUUGAGUUUGAGGGACACAAUGAUGGCAAAUGUAAUGCAGGACUUCUUGCCUUGGAGAAGAAUAAAGAUAAAAGUGGAUCUUCUAACGGAAGAGGGAACUCGAAAUGUGAUACCUCACAUGAAAAAUCCAGAGCUGAUGCUGUUACAGCUGGAACCUCAAUCAAUAGAUGUUCCAAGCUAAGUUCAAGUUUGAUUAAAUUUUCAAAUGAAGAUUCCUCUUGCCCAUUUAACUUCGAGGAUAUAUGCUCGAAGUUUGUGACAAAUGAUUCCAACAAGGAACUUGUCAGAGAAAUUGGUCUUAUUGGUUCAGAUGGUGUCCCAUCCUUUGUUCCUUUCAUAUCUCCUUUUGUUAGUGAUUAUACACCAUUCUUAACCCUAAAGGAUGAUGGCAUUGUUGAUGGUGUGUCUAAAGCUUCAGAAAGCCUGGUUUCUUCAGAAACCACUGAUGGAGCUGGCGUAUGCCAUGACUAUAAAUCAGGAAAAUCUACUGAAAGUUUAUCUGCAAAUGAAAACAACCAAGCAGGAAAAUCCAACAAAUCAUCUUUAGGGGAACAAAGAGAUGGAAAGGGAGUUGAUGGCUGCUGUGUGGUUCCUUUGUCGUCCUUGAGACCACUAGUUGGAAAAGUUUCUCAUAUUUUGAGGCAACUAAAGAUUAAUCUACUUGAUAUGGAAGCUGCACUUCCAAAAGUUGCUCUAAGACCAUCAAAGGCACAGUUGGACAGAAGACAGGCCUGGCGUGCAUUUGUUAAAUCUGCCGAGACUAUAUAUCAGAUGGUUCAGGCAAUAAUUACACUGGAGGAUAUGAUUAAGACGGAGUUCUUAAGGAAUGACUGGUGGUACUGGUCAUCAUACUCAGCUGCUGCCAAAUCUUCUACUUUGCCUUCGCUUGCUCUUCGCAUAUACUCCCUUGAUUCAGCCAUCAUGUAUGAGAAAAUGCCCAAUUCAAGUUUUGCUGACAGCUCUGACCCUCCUGCCAUUGCGGAACUGAAACCGGUGAUCCCUGCGGAUGCAGAUAAAUCCAAAGCAAGCCGGAAGUCAAACAGAAAAAGGAAGGAACAAGAUGGUUAAUCUUAUACUAUAUUCUUGGCUGAGAAAAUCAGAAAGCUGGUCCACUUUAUGUGGUCUGAUAUGAUCAUGCAAGGAUGCAUGAGUUUGGAUGAAAAGGGCAUGGGGCCAACUUCAGGUUUAAGCCACAGCUGCCGGUGUCACUUGUGGACUUCUUGUACAUAUAGGUAAAGUUGACCUGCUAACUUGAAUGCUCGUUUUUGGCUAAGUAGAAUUUGUAGGAUUAUCUGCUUUCUGUGAGGGCACCAGUAUGAAGGUUUUCUGAGGAUGCUUCCAAUUUUGAAAUGAUUUUUGCUGCAGCUGUCCAAUUGGUUGCUCCAUAGCGAGAAGUGGUAUUAUAUUUUUCAUUUUUCUAGCAGAGUCUGAUCCAUAUAUGUAUACAAAUGGAAUUAAUGUAAAGAAGGAAUAGAAGAAAAGAAGUAAAAAAAAGAAAGGAUGGAAGUCCGAACAAUGUUAAGUCGAGCAGUUGUAGGCAAUAUUUCAUUCUUUAUACAUUCUCUCUUUCACCCCAACAAAAGUCCUGCACACGCAUGCCCUUGAUUUUGUCUUGGGCAUUGCUGAUGUGUUAGAAUGCAGGGGAAUUUUUAGAGUCAAUGCAUUUUUCCAUCUGCUUUAUUAGAUUUUCUUAGCUCAUGCCGAGUUAGUUA